AUGGAUGACGAUGUUGAAACUAGAAAUCCUUAUGCUGCAUUUGUGGUGGAUGCAAAUGGAAAUGAUUAUAGCUGUGUUUACACCCCUGAAGUAGCAGAGGAAUACAUACCAAAAGUUGACCAGAUAUUUGAGUCUUUACAAGAAGUAUACGGCUUCUAUAACAACUAUGCAAAGAUGGCAGAUUCAAAGUCAAGAUGUGCUUACAAGUUUUAUGGUGAUGCGGUCGUAUUUGAUACCACAUAUAACACUAAUCGGUAUGGUAUGAUCUUCGCGCCACUGUUAGGGUUUAAAAAAGCUAUGCCAGCUGGUCCACCAAAAAUUAUUAUUACUGAUCAAGAUCCUGCAAUUGGAAAGGCCAUUUCUCAAGUGUUUCCAGACACCAAAGAAGAGUUUGAUGCACGGUGGAUAGAGGUGAUCGAUAAAGGUAAAUUGAACAACAAUGAGUGGUUCUCUUCAGUUUACGAAAUGCGUUCAAGAUGGGUGCCAGCAUAUGUGAAACAUGUAUUCUUAGCAGGAAUGUCGGCGAGCUCACGAGCUGAAGGUGACCAUGCAUUUUUCAAAACUUAUGUUUCAAAAGAUAAUACUUUAAUGGACUUCAUACUUCGGUUUAAUAGGGGGCUUGCUCACCAACGUCAUGAAGAGUUAAUUGCUAACCAUGUUGAUGUCAACCAAAGACCUGUGUUCAAAACCCCAAUGAUGAUGGAAAGGCAAAUGGCGGAGAUUUAUACUCACAGAAUUUUCAAGAAGUUUCAACUUCAGUUAUGGUUAUCUUGGGGAUGUGUACUUCAAGUUACAAUUGAUAAUGACAGUGUGUGUGUUUACAAGGCAACAGAAAGGAGAAAAGAUGGAAGUUUGAAGGUACGAGAAGUAACAUACAAGGUUGUUGAUAAGGUUGCAUGUAGUUGCAAAAAAUUUGAGUUUGAAGGAAUUUUGUGCAGGCACAUAUUGGCAUAUAUGAAAUGGAAACAAAUUGAGUAUUUGCCAGAUCAAUACAUUCUAAAAAGGUGGACCAGAACAACUAGUUCAGAUUUGGUGGUUGAAGAGCAUGGUAAGUAUAUAUGUGAUUUUGGUGAUGAUUCAUUGCUAAUGAGGCAAACAAUAUUGUCCAAAGUUGUUGCUGAGCUGAUUGACGGGGCAUUGGUAUCUAAAGAGGCAUGCAAACUCUUGGAAGAGAAUUUUGAAAGCAUGAGGAAAAAGAUAAAGUUUGUGGUUGAUAGUAGUACCAAUGUUAGAGGUAGUGAAGAAAAUGUUACUGUUGAUUCUUGUGGAGGCUGUGAUGGAAAUGUAAUUACUAAUACAGCUAAAGGCCAUGAGACCGAUCAAAAUGUUGUUCAUUGUCACCCACAACAGUUGAAUGAUCCACUUCCAGUAAGGGCAAAAGGCUGUGGUAAAAGGUUAAAAGGAGGAAAAGAGAAGGCAAUGGCCAAAAAAGGCCGUCAAUGUAGCAUCUGUAAACAGGUUGGACAUAAUAAACAAAAGUGUCCAACUCUUAAUAGUCAGUAA